CGACGACAUUGACGGGAGCGCGCACGUAGCUGUCAGUAGGAAAUGCAGGCUGCGGGUGUUGGAUGUUGGAUGAACCCCUACCGCUGCGCUUGGAUAAAUGAAACAAAGACCAUCCUUUGAGACUCAGAAUGAAACCUUUAUAGAGGGUUGAGAUAUUUGGUGAGAUUAGAAUCAGCAGGUCUGACUGUGAGACUGCUAGAACCGAAACAUUCAUCUAGCUAGCUAGGCUAAUAGAAACACUAUUGGAGCUAAUGCUAACAGUUACAUUAGGCUAAAUUAAGCUAGCUGGUAAGUUAGCUAGCAGCCUCACUGAGUCCAGGACUCCUCCAGGUCCCUCACCGAGUCCAGCGGGUCCUGCUCCGGUCUCCCUUCUUCUUCUUGUGUUUUCAUUUCGGGACGAGUGCGGAACCCGGAGCUCUGGCGGGGGGCCGCGCGGACAGGAACCCCCUGGCUCUCCAGGCGGACGGGUCGCUGUGACACGCCGGUCCUGGGAGAGAAUAAAGUGGAACCAUGGCCGAACUCUCCACCUUAUCCCCAUCACCACCUUUAUUGGUGGAGCCACAUGCAGCUCCUUCCAUCCCGCCCUCCUCAGCAGUCCCUGCUCCAGAAUCUUCCAGGGAGAUGUCGCUACCCAAGUCCUCCCUCUACAACGACAAAGCUUUGACAGGAAACUCUCCUGCAGCACAGUCAGGGGCGUCACCUCUGACCCCUCAGCCACCUCUAAGUCCUCCCAAACUGACUGCUGAGAAUCUCCUGGCAUUAUCGGUACAAGAGGCCGUUCCUCAAAGAGAGGAAUCAGUCGAGGGAGAUGCAGAGACUAGAGCUCAGGUAAUUGAGCAGGAACCCGUGAUUAGUGACCCGGCAGCUCCAGAGCUCUCGAAUACUGAAACAGAGACCAACAUACCUUCAAGUGAGACGUCAGCACAGAUUGAAUUGCAGAUGGCAUCCCCUUCUCCUGAUCUCAAUCCUGGUCCUAAUCUUUACCCCAAUGUGCAUGUCACCCACAAUCCAAAUCCCAUCGUGGAUGCUGGUCCACUUAUAGCAGGUGAACCCCAAACCCCUGCAGUCUGCAGCCCUCCUCCUGCUCCUCCAGCACCGUCAGACACAGCAGCAUCAUGUACGACUGAAGAGGAGACACCUCAACCACCUCAAGCACAAAACCCUCAAAUUCCGCCUCCUCCGCUUUCCCCGAAGCCGGAGACUCCCAGUGAAGUAAAGAAAGCAGAACCUCCCGUGACCCCCACCAGGGCAGAACACCCAAGCCCCACUGUUCCACUAAUCAACGAGCCAGCCUGCGUCCUCCCGCUGCCCAACCCCAACCCCCGGCCGGCCCCUGACACCCUCAGCUACCUUGAGUCAGCCAGCUUGAUGUCGGGGACUUUGGAAUCUCUAUCUGGGCUGGGAGAGGAUGGAAGCUCUGUGGGCUCGGACUCUGAGAUCAAUGGCCUGGCUGUCAGACGCACUGAUAAAUAUGGCUUCCUUGGUGGGAAUCAGUACAGUGAAACAGGGGAGAAGGACGUUCGAGUCGAAGUCGCCCGGCAGAGGGAGAUAAAGUGGCUCGAUAUGUUCUACAAUUGGGAUAAGUGGAUCAAACAUCGCUUCCAGAAGGUUAAGUUGCGCUGCAGGAAGGGGAUCCCAUCCUCUCUAAGAGCCAAAGCCUGGCAGCUGCUGUCCAAUAGCAAGGAGCUCCUGGAUGCAAACCCAGGGAAAUUUGAGGAGCUGGAGAGAGAGCCGGGGGAGGCUAAAUGGCUCGACAUCAUAGAGAAAGAUCUUCACAGACAGUUCCCCUUCCAUGAGAUGUUUGCUGCACGAGGAGGCCACGGGCAACAGGACCUGUACCGGAUCCUGAAGGCCUACACCAUCUACCGGCCUGACGAGGGCUACUGCCAGGCCCAGGCUCCAGUGGCUGCGGUGCUGCUCAUGCACAUGCCGGCUGAGCAAGCGUUUUGGUGCCUCGUCCAGAUAUGUGAGAAAUACCUCCCUGGCUACUACAGUGCUGGACUGGAAGCGAUCCAGCUUGAUGGAGAGAUCUUCUUCUCUCUGCUACGGCGUACGUGUCCCAUGGCGUACCGACACCUCAAGAAGUUCAAGAUAGACCCGAUCCUCUACAUGACUGAAUGGUUUAUGUGCAUCUUCUCACGCACCUUACCUUGGUCCAGUGUGCUGCGUGUGUGGGACAUGUUCUUCUGUGAAGGGGUGAAGAUAGUGUUUCGUGUCGGCCUGGUGCUUCUGAAACAGAUGCUUGGCUCCGUGGACAAACUUCGGGAACUACAGGGCAUGUAUGAAACCAUGGAGCGCCUGAGAAACAUCUCUCCCGAGAGCGUCAGAGAGGACAUAUUGGUACAGGAGAUCAUCAUACUCCCAGUGACGGAGGCGCUCAUAGAGAGGGAAUGCAGCGUCCAGGUAAGGAAGUGGAGGGAGUCCAGGGGGGAACUGACACACCAACCAGGCCGUCGCCUCCACGGUACAAGGGCCAUCUUUGAGUUUAAGCGCCGUGCUGCCUCAAUCAGCUCUGGCGGCAGCCUCUCCUUCCUUGGAAGCUCAAUCCCACCUCCAGGGCCCCUCAGAGCCUCUUCCAGCCUCCUCUCACUUCCUGGCUUCCGCAAAUCCAAGACACCUUUCCAAACCAAAAAGGGCUCCUUCUCAGGGCUGUCAGGAGGAGAGAGUCUGUCCUACCAGGCUCCACCUGCAGCAACAUCGAGCCCAGGACGAGGCCCCGCCCAUAAACCACCCAUUCCCCCAGGAGCAGGUCAGAAAGCAGCCGCACCCCAUGUUCAAAGCCCAUUAGUCGGGGCUGCAGCUGCAGCAUCUCGUGGGUCUGCUCCGGCCUCAGAGAGCGCCCCCGCACAAGCCCAGCCUGAGGUUUUGCCGCCCACACAAAGCACACCGCCACAUCCCAGCACUCUGGCCCCCUCUCCAGUGAUCGUCUCCGAGCACAUCACUCCAACCAUCCCCUCUCCCACUGCCAACAACUCCCCGCUGCCACCGUGUACAGAUUUCAAAAAAGAAAUGGCGCCGGUGGCCGAAGCCCUGACCGGAGAGGAAGAGGGAAAGAAGAAGAAGAAGAGCAAAGAAGACCGGAGGAAGGAGAAGGAAGAUGAGAAGAAAAAGCUGAAGGAAAAGAAGGACAAGGAGAAGGCAGAUAGGGAGAGGCUCAAGAGGGAGAAAGAGAGGCUUGAAAAAGAGAAGAAGAGAGGGGGGAAGAAAAAGGACAAAGGGGGAGGAGAAACCGAGGACAAAAAUGGAGCUACAGGGGCGAAAGAUUCGGCCUAGUUUCCCCCCCGUCAUUCAAGGAUCAUAAAAAAGGGACUCCGAACAAAAGAAGAGGUCAGAGGAACAAAAACCCCGGAAGACAAAGAAUGAUUAAUAAAAAAAAAGGAACGGCUUCCUGUAUGACGUCAUGGUUUUGAAGACUUAGCCUAGCCCAGGAACUUAAGGUGGAGAAAACUGGAUCUUGGUUUUAAUAGCACCUCGGGGGCGUUUCGCCUCACGCUCAAUGCUUUCUGUUUCAGAGUUUUAUUUAGAUGGGACAGAUUUCCUUUUUUUCAACUGGAGCACAGACUGUGAGUCUGGAUAUUUUCUCAGAGUAUUACAGCGAUUCUCUUUUAGUUUUUUAAAUUCCUUUGUUUUUGCAUUUUAUUGUUUUAAUGCGAUUGAUGGCAGUGAUUAGAGGAGCUUUGAAGAUUGUGGAUUGUCAAAAUGAAGUAUUGCUGAGAUAGUUGUGGUGCCAUAGAGGGUGUAAAUAGAUGAGUCUACCUUCAGUACAUAGGAUCUCGUUAGUGCUCCGUACGCCCCCCCGUCAGUUCUCAUCCGUGGACAGUGUUUCAAAAAUGCCUGGAUCAAAAAAGAAGAUGACCCUUCGAAUUCAACGCAGGCACUGUGGACAGAAAUCUUAGUAACGUUGUUGAGGAUGUAUUUAUUGUCAUGUUAAAUGUUGUGAGUGAGUGCGUGCCUUAGUAGUAUAGUGAAGUGUGUUACUGUUCUGUGUGUGGCCUCCCUGGUUAUAGCCUCCCUCUGCCUGCUUUAUUUCAAUCAGAUCAAAUCAUCUCUGAAUCCUGUGUCCCCUGAUUGUUUGAUUUACGGAGAUUGAAGGAUGCUGACGAACAAAAAGGAGGGAAACGUUUUAAAAAA